CCUCGCACACCACCUAUUACUCAAGGUGCUAUGAAAAUAAUAUAAUUCGAAUUAGUAGUUUCUGAAAUUAGCGCAUUUAAAUAAACAAACGCUAAAGCUUAAUAAUAUAAUAAGUACUAUCUUUACGAAUAUUAUAAAUGCGAAAGUAACGUUGUUUGUUAAUUAUGUUAUCAAAACUUAACCUAUGAACUGAUCAUAAUAAAAUUUAAUAUUGAGGUAUACCUACCUUUGUACCUGUACAGGCAUUUAAAUUACAGACAACAAAAUCUACGUGAAUGAAGUCGCGGGAAACAUAGUUUGUAUAUUUUUGUUGAUAUUUGAAGUUAACAUAGGGGUCAAGUAACAUCACGGUAGCAUGCGAAAGUGGUCCCGUGGCGCUCUUCGUUAUGACGGAAAGGGUACCGCUGGUUUGUUAGUGGGUAUUCCGAUGUUCGGGGCGCACUGCUUGGACAACGGAGAGCCCCACAUUCCCUUCCCACUAUUCCUGUGGGGGAACCGCGUAACGCGUUUUUUUUUAAAAAGGAGUCGAGUAACAACAGGUUGUGUUCCUUUUUUUAAAUUAUAUAUUUAAUAUCAUAACUUUAUGAACAAUAAACGAAGAAUUCGUUAACAAAUUUUACGAGUAUGAUUGAUUCAGAACAUCCGAAGUCCGUAAAAAGUUUAUAUAUAAUGCUUGCACUUAGAAGCUUUAACCAUUUGAUGCUAUUUGGAAAUAAUUUUUGAAUAUAUAAUAAGUAACCCGACUGCAACAUAAUUUAUAAUUAUAAGAUUUUAUGCUAACGUAAUUAAAACCAUUUUUGUAGUUACUGUAGACGGCUGCAGUUAUGAACCAUGAAAAGAUUGUAAUAAUAAUAGUCCGCUAAUAUCGCAUUUUGCUUACGUGUAUCUUAUAUAUAAGGGUAGAUGUAAUGUGUAAUAAUCAAUACAUUGCAAAAAAAUGGAUGUGACAGAUUUCGGAUGACAGCCAAUCCUUGAUAAUUCUUUUGCUGAUAUGUUGGUUCAUACGGGUGAUUACUGAUUGAGAAGCUUAUGCACUUGCAAGAUAUCAUGAAUAAAUUUAAAGCCUCUAUUAACACGCUCGAUUGAUGGAUUCACUGCAUAUAAAAUAACUUAAUCGACUUUUAUGACUCACGAAAUAAUUUCGGCUCUAUGUGUACCUGCCUUUUCUAGUCAUUAAAAUAAGUCAAGGUUUUAGAGACUAAGAUAUAAAAAAAAUCAACAUUUAAACCAUGAAGUACUGGUUUUUACUCAAUCUUCAUUUAUUAGGUCAGAAUGUGUACUUUAAUUUAAAUAUCAUAUCAGUGAAUCAGUUUAUCAUAUAAGUGUUAAUCAACAUGAUAACGUAACAACUUGCUUCUCGUUAUGACUUUAGUUUUCAUAUUAUUUACUGCUAUUUAUUAUGUAAAAAAUAUUUUUUACUCGAAAUCGACGCAACGAUUUUAAUUUAUAAAUUGAAUAUUUUGCUUUUUUAUUUCAAAAGGCACAUCCACAAUUAAUUGAUUCUUAAUAUAUUCGGAAUACUUUGUACUGCGUGAUCACAUAACUUACACAAAUGCACAGCAUAUAGUUGAAUAAACAAAGACUAAAGACUUAUAACUGUCUGCCUGUUCAUAUAUAUAUAUAUAAUAAUUUAUUUAUGUUCACUAUCUAUGUUUUCUUGUCUAUGAACCAAUCUAGAAGUUUCUUUUUGCGUCGGGUUCAAUAUAUAAUAAUAGAUUUUUUUUUAACUGUCAGUGUAUAAAUUUAAUUGUAAGUACAUAAGGCUGUCCCACUUUGGAUUGAUGGAUAUAUGUAUAGAUUAAAUAUGAAAUUCUUCGUUGCAUUCGUCGCUUUCGUCGCAGUGGCUGCGGCCAUGCCACACCAGAAGCCCACCUCCAGCUUCGACGCAGACCUUCAGGCUAUCAUUGAAGCUAUCAACCACCCCAGCACCGACCCAGCCUCCGCUGCCCUAUUGCAAGAACAACUGGACACCAUCCUUGGAUUAUUAAAGCCUGAAGAAGAACCAAUCUCCGUUGCCCCUGUCAUCGUCGAUGAAGCUGUGUCCGCUGAAAGCUCGUCUCUUGUUCAAAUUAUCAUCAAUGUCAAGCCUGGUGUUGCUGGUAACCCCGUUGUCGUAGAAUCCAGCCCUGUCAUAAUUCCCAGACCGAUACCCGUAGAAACCAUUGAAGGCCCCGAAGUCAACCCUGAGCCCGUAAUUGUAGUAGAAAAUCCCGUUCCCGCUGAACCCGUUCUCAUAGCUCCUAUUGUUCCCACUCCCGUUGUGGUUCUCCCUGACAUCCUCAACUAAUAACUAAAAAGAAAACUGUUGAUUAAUA